AUGUGGCAGCCAUCCAUUGUGGGGUGGGUACCGGCCGGGGCCGUGUUCACUUGCCGCCGGUACCUGCUGUUCGCCGUGCUGCCCGUGGUGGUGCUCCUCUACUGGGUCAACUCGCAGUACGGCGUCGGCUUUCUGCCCGUUCCGCCCGUGUUACGUCUGGUUCAGCCGCAGCAGGCGCGCGGCCAGUACCUGGUGGACACGCCCACCUGCCGCAUUCCCAACGUGGACCCGUUCGACGCCUCGGUGCGCGAGUUCGCCCGCCCGCCGGAGCCGAUCCUGUGCAACCGCGAGCCGCCGCCGCUCACCUACAGCGACAUCGACUCGGUGUACCUGCUCAGGGAGCGGCAGCACCUGUACGGCGCCAGGCCACCUUUGACUUCAGCAUCCUGCUGUACCCGAGACAUAGACUGGAUCAACGAUCUCAACAGUUCUAUCCCUCGAAACACGAUGGGCAGAGUACGGAGGUCGCCACGGUGCCGGCCGCUCCUGGGCAGCUACACACCAAGCGCCGACGGCGUGGAGGUGACCUGCGCCGUGAACAAGACGAUGGUGUACCGCGACUACUACCACUUCGUGCCGCUGCGGCCGCAGCUGGAGGCGGCGAGUCUGCAGCGACGGCCGCAGGACGUGGCGCCAACGUGCUGA